AAUCAAUCAAUCAAUCAACGUUUCCGGACGGCCGAGAGAUCUCAGGAAUGGACGAUCCAGAAAGAGUCUGAGAAAGAAAGAGACUCUUUUCAGAUCUUACUUUCGGUAAUGCCUCCUCCUCCUCCCUCAUUUUCUUCUACCUUCGGAGGUAACGUUGAGAUUUUUCGGCUUCGGAGUAAUCGUUUGAAAAUUAUCUGACCUCCUUCCUUCUUAUUGACGUUUGGAUUUCGUCGUUGUCGUCUCCGCCUCUCUCAAGUUCGGAAUUAAUGAUGUUUAGAGUUUCUCCGUAUAUCUCUUUGUAAAUAUGCGGGGAUCUUGGAGUCGUGAGCUUCAGAUUCAACUUUCUGAAAAAGAUCUGGAAUAUUCUCGUCGUUGUUUUGAAUCGCGGCUAAUCUGGAACCGAAUGCGAGCGCUGGAUCCAAUUAAUUGAUGGAUCCAGGGCAUUUUUGUGUCCGGAUCUAGAGGUUCAAUCUGCAAUGGCAAGGGCUUAGGUUUUGGUGGCUUGUUUUCAAGGUCGUGAAUGGCACUGCCAUGGAUUUGAUUUGAGUUUGUACUUGUCAUAUCGUAAAGGUUGAUUGUAUCACAAUGUUGAAGCAAUUUCUUAGUAAAUUCCCUCGGAAAUCAUCUAAAUCCGAGUCCAAUGAAGCGCAACGGAGUGGUUCUCUUCAUAGGUCCUCCUCCCGUGGUGGUAGUUUGCAACGUACGACCAGCGGGGCCGUAGCUUCUAGCCGGCUAGGUCCUCCGAAACGGACAUCGUCGGCCGUUUUUCCAUCGAGUUUCGGCUCCGGGAUUGAGCCUCUGUUAGCGUUCAAAGAUGUUCCAAGUUCAGAAAAGUUGGAUCUUUUCAUCAGCAAGUUGAGUCUUUGCUCUGUGGUUUUUGACUUCACUGACCCAAGUAAGUGCACAGAGGAGAAAGAUCUUAAGCGCACAACGCUGGUAGAGCUUGUUGAUUUUGUAGCUUCAAGUCCCCCAAAGUUUACGGAACCGGCGAUCUUAGCAAUGUGUAAAAUGUGUGCUAAUAAUUUGUUUAGGGAUUUCCCACCUAAUUCUCGGACUAACUCAAGUAGAAGUGAAAAUGAUGAUGAUGAACCAAUGUUCGAUCCUGCUUGGUGUCAUUUACAGAUUGUGUAUGAUCUAAUGCUUAAAUUUGUAACUUCUUCUUCCCUUGAAACGAAGAUAGCAAAAAAGUAUAUAAGCCAUUCGUUUAUUUUGAGGUUGCUCGACCUCUUUGAUUCUGAGGAUCCUAGAGAAAGAGAAUGCUUGAAGACUAUUCUGCACAGGAUUUAUGGGAAGUUCAUGGUUCACAGACCAUUUAUCCGAAAGAGCAUCAGCAAUAUCUUUUAUCGCUUUGUAUGCGAAACUGACAGACACAAUGGAAUUGCCGAAUUGUUGGAGAUUUUUGGGAGCGUGAUUAGUGGUUUUGCAAUACCUUUGAAAGAGGAGCAUAAGAUCUUUCUAUGCAGGGCUUUGAUUCCUCUACAUAAGCCAAAAUCUUUGGGGGUUUAUUUCCAGCAGUUGUCAUACUGUAUAUUGCAGUAUAUAGAGAAGGAUCCGAAAUUGGCUAGCACUGUGAUAAGGGGGUUGUUGAAAUAUUGGCCAAUUACUAACAGCCAGAAGGAGGUGAUGUUCCUUGGUGAGUUAGAAGAGAUUCUAGAGGGAAUCAAUAUGGGAGAGUUCCAAAAGAUAAUGGAUCCCUUAUUCUCACGAAUUGCUUGCUGCAUUAAUGGUUCCCACUUUCAGGUGGCUGAAAGGGCAUUAUUCUUCUGGAACAAUGACCAAAUUCUGAACCUUAUUGCACAUAACCGGCAUGUUAUUCUACCAAUCAUAUUUCCAGCACUGGAAAGGAAUGCACAGAGCCACUGGCACCAAUCAGUGCUGAACUUAACUGUAAACGUGAGGAAGAUGUUCACAGAGAUGGAUGACCUGCUCUAUGUGGCCUGCCAUGCCCAUUACAAGGAGGAACAAGAAAAACUAACCUUGGAAGCAGAGAAGCGGAAAGAAACAUGGGAACAGUUAGAGAAUGCAGCCGGCAUCCAGCCAAUAGCCGGAAACACUGCUGUGCUGGUAACUCCUUUAGCAACCUCCAUUACCUGCUAGCUGGCAUUUUAGCCAGUACUUGCUAAGUCUCAAUUUUCAUUUUGUCCCCCUUAAUUUUACGUAGUCCCUCACUUUUGGGUGGUUGGAGAACCACAAGAAAUGUAUCAAUAUGUAUAGCUGUUAUAUUGGGGGGGUGGGGUGGAAGGCAUGUCCAUUUUUGAGGGGGACGGUCCAGUGACAGCUUCUUGUAACUUAUACAGUUCUGCAUGUUCCAUCAUUACUCUGAGAAUUUACUCAUCUUUCAAGGUGCAA